AUGACAAGUCAGCACAGAGCAUCCCAUAGCAGACACAUGGAAGGACCAGAUGAUGGUCUUGGCACUCAGAUUGACCACGCUCACGAUGGGUUUCUUGUGGACGAGGAAGAUCAGCCAGAACAUAUUCGGAGAUACAUGUUGAAGCUGCGGGGAAGACAAGCUCUACUUGAUUUACUAGUAAGAAUUGAGAGCGAAAGGCAGCGGGAACUUCAGGGUCUGCUGGAGUCUGACUUUGCACAUCUUAAUUGUAUUCAGGCGAGGAUAUACUGCUCUGGAAUUGCUCAAUUUCUUUCACCGUUUCACUUUUGCUGCGACAUCCUAAUUGUGGUUUCAGUUUCAAUCUACCUUCUUGAUAUCAUAGCUGGUUUCGUGUGGAUAAAUUUGAGCUGA